AUGGUUAAUUUUACAACAAGAAGACCUCCUGUUGAUCCUGCAACAAGGAAGGCUACUGACAUAAAUGUAUUUAAUUUCACUAGACCUCAUAUGCGAGCUCUCCAUUACUCAUGGUUUUGCUUCCUUACUGCUUUUACGGGAUGGUUUGCAGUUGCACCCUUAUUGCCUUCUAUUAAAAAAGAUUUAAAUUUAACCGAUGACCAAAUUGGUGAUUGUAAUAUAGCUGCCGUCUCUUCAACAAUAAUAUUUCGUGUAUUGUCUGGUCCGUUAUGCGAAAAAUUUGGUGCGAGACGUGUCAUGUCUGCUAUACUUAUCAUAGGUGCUAUACCUACUGCCCUUGUCAGCUUAUCACAAGGUGCAAAUUCUCUGAUAGCUUUCAGAUUCUUUAUUGGUAUUCUAGGCGCGUCAUUUGUACCUUGUCAAUUCUGGACAACUCAAAUGUUUAAUCCAAACACUGUGGGUAGUGCUAACGCGUUUGCAGCCGGUUGGGGUAAUAUGGGUGGUGGUGUUACUUACUUACUUAUGCCUUUGGUGUUUGAAAUAUUCAAUCAUUUCUUUCCUGAUAAUAUCUCUUGGCGUCUAUCUAUGCUCGUUCCGGCUUUUCUAUGUUUUACAGUUGGUAUAUUGACAUACUUUUUUAGUGAUGAUUGUCCCGAAGGUGAUUGGUAUUAUCGUGACCAACCCGAUGGAGGUUAUGUUCAAUUUGGAGAGAAGGAUUCAAAACAACAACCUAAAAUAAAACAAGAAAUAGAAUAUAAUCAAAUUCCUGUCUUCAUUCAUUACCUUCUUGUCUUCAUUAAUCCUAAUGUAAUUUUAAUGAUGGUAAUGUACGCAUGUUGUUUUGGAGUGGAAGUAGCUGUAGAUAAUGUUAUCGGAAUUUUUUUAUUUUCUACAUUUGGAAUUUCUCAAACUUCUGCUGGUUUAUUUGGAUCAAUAUUUGGACUUUUGAAUAUUUUUUCUCGUGCUUGUGGAGGUUUAGUUUCCGAUUUUGCGAAUAGAAAAAUGGGUGUUCGUGGUCGAUUGUUGACACAAUUUUUAUGCUUUUUACUCCAAGGAUUAUUUUUAAUUCUUUUUAAAUUUAUGAGUGGAAGUUUCGUAUCAGCUAUUAUUUUAAUGGGAUGCUUUUCCCUAUUCACGCAGGCGUGUUGUGGUACUUCAUUUGGUAUAGUUCCUUACAUUGAUCCAGCAGCUGUAGGAAUAGUUACAGGGUUAAUAGGUGCAGGAGGUAAUAUUGGAGGCUUAAUAUUUGCAGCAAUUUUUAAAGCAUAUUCUAGUGACCUACGAACAGGAUUCAUGAUAAUAGGAUUGACUGUAAUAACUGUUUCAUUGGAUUCUAAAAUAGAAUAUUAUAAUAGAAUUCCAAAACAGAAUUGCGAUAAUAUAUCUUAUCAUAUUUUGAAUAGUCUUAAACUGAGAGGUGUUCAAAAACCUCUUCUUGAAACAUUUAUUUGA